AGGCGAAGUCAACGUCGGUGGAGUUUGAACUCAGAACGUAGACAGACGAAAUGUCGCUAAACAAAUUUGUCCGGCGUGUUUAAUGAUUCUGCCAGCUCACCGCCUUACACACACACACACACACACACAUACACAUACAAUACGCCUGUAGUCGAUAUACACACAACUGCAACCAGCAAAACACUGAGAUCAGCUGCUAACACAGACAUACUGGUAUAGGCAUUAAUACACACAAACACAUACACACACACAUGACAACAUUCACACACAUCGCACACACACACACGACAACGUGCGCUGCACACAAACAUAUACACACACACAGAUGACAACGUGCACUGCACACAAACUCACAUACACAUACACACACACACACACAUUGCACACAAACACACACACACACACACAUACAUGACAACGUGCGCUGCACACAAAUGAAAAUCAACCAAUGAAAACAAAGUAUUUUGCCGUAACGGACGACCAGGUGACCGUUAGUUAUUUCCGGUAGGAAGCGUUCUGCCGUGACCGGGGUAACGAGACCUGACAGACUUGCAGAAGGAAAACAUACACCCCUCUUAUAUAUAUAUAUAUAUAAAUAUAUCACAUAUAUAUAUAUAUAUAUGUGUAUACACAUAUAAAUACAUACAUGUUGGUCUAGAUUAGAGCUGAGACUUCACUCGAAGCUGAUCUGUUAGACAAUGCAUUCGAUGUACGUGCUUGUCGGUUUCCUUCUUGUCCUCGAUAUAUUUCUGUAUAAACCAGCGCCCUCGCUCACCCCGAAAUUGAAGUUGUGGUAUGAUAAGGGAGACUUUUACACCUACAAACACUUUCAUAUUUUCUACAUAGAUGAACAGACGUCUGUAAAUAAUACCCAAAUAUUAGUGUGUUUACAUGGAUAUCCCACCUCCAGCUAUGACUGGGUCAAGAUUCAUGAUGAUCUGGUCAAGAUGUUUUCAAGGGUCAUCUACAUUGAUUUCCUUGGACUUGGUUUCUCUGACAAACCAAGACACUACAAGUACACCAUCGCGGAGCAAGCCGACAUCAUCGAUGCGUUCUUAGAGUCCAAUGGAAUCGACAGUUACCACAUACUGAGUCACGACUAUGGUGACACAGUGGCACUGGAGCUACUGAGCAGAUUUAACAGCAACAAAGGAAAGAAGAUUGAGUCUCUGGCCAUGAUGAAUGGAGGUGGGUACAGCCUUGUUUUACUCCUUGUUCCAGUCAUUGGCAGUAUCAUUUCCAAGAUGGCUUUCUAUCACCUGUUCAAAUUUUCGUUUGCUGAGAUUUUUGGGACCAAAAAACCAUCAACAGAUGAACUCUGGGACUUUUGGGUGGUCUUUGAGCAUAAACAUGGUAGUUCGGUCAGCAGUGAACUGAUGCAAUUUAUACCUGAGAGAACACAGUACAAGAAACGGUGGGUGGGAGCACUAGUCAAGACGACUGUCCCUGUCGCCUUCAUCUAUGGACCUGCUGACAUUAUUAAUCCGACUCAGUUCAUCGUACAUUACAAGAAACUAUUGCCGGAUCAAACGCUCAGUGUGUUAGAUGAUGGUGUUGGACACUACCCCCAGUGGGAGGCUCCCGGUCAAGUGGUUCAAGCUUAUAAGAAAUUCCUGAAGAAGGUCAUUUCAUGAAGACCUUCUCAACAUUUUUGCAUUCACAGAAGAAAAAUACACAAAACACAACAAUAAACAACAACAAUAAUGAUAAUAAUAAUAAUAAUAAUAAUAAUAAUAAUGAUAAUAUAUGGUACAACUCACAUCCUACUCAACAGACGUUAAAUUUAAUUAAAUUUAGUCUCAUAAUUGAUUAUGCUAAUAAUUAUGAUUCAUAUAAAACACUCCACACACACACAUUCUAUGCUGUCACCAACCAAUAAACACACAAACAUGAUUACACAUAUGCAAUCACCAUACACACACACACACAUACACACACACAUUCUUUUGCAAUGGUUCUCAAAUGUUUUUUGUUACUUUUUUAAUUUUUUUAAUUUUAUUUUAAUUUUUUUUGUCCCCACCCC